GUGACCUUGAGCAGAACUCCCAACUGUCCCUAUUUGAGAGGGACAGACCCUUCUUCUGAGCUCUGUCCCUCUGAUAUAACUAUAUGUCGGAAUAUGCAGAAUUCCACUUAACCCCACCCACAAACCACAUAUACACACCCAUGGACCACCCAGACACACUCAUGAUCCCGCCCACUAUCUAACCAUGUUCCCCCUCCCAACACGACCCCGUCCACAAAUACUGAGAUCUAUGCUAUCUGCUAGUGACUUCCUCUAAUUAUACAGUAGUACUUACACUCUAACGCUCUUGCCCUGCAGGUUUCAGAAGCAUGUGCACACCUACCGUAUCCUGCCCGAUGAGGAAGACUACUUGGCCGUGCAGACCUCUCUGGGAGUCCAGGUGCGACGCUUCAAGACUCUGGGAGACCUGAUUGCUCUAUACCUGCAGCCAAACCAGGGCAUGGUGUGCACUCUGCUCUACCCAGUGGAAAGAGAGAAGGAGAAGGAAACUGCAGAGGACAGAGACUACUCAGAUGGGGAAGAUGAGAAGCCCCCUCUGCCGCCGCGCUCUGCUUCUGCCAGUUUCUCUGGAAGCUCUGGACAGAGUCUGGUACCCUGCGGGCAGGAUGCCAACACCACCGAGAGUUCCACCAACGGGCUCAGCACGGUGUCUCGUGAGUACCUCAAAGGGGACUAUGCGUUAGAUCUGGAAGCUGUAAAGUCUGGAGCCACCAGCUUGCCCCACCUCAACAAGACUCUAGUGACGUCCUGCAAAAAACUACAUGGGGAGGUCGAUAAAGUAUUAUCUGGACUGGAGAUUCUCUCAAAAGUCUUUGACCAGCAAAGUUCCCCCAUGGUGUCAAAGAUACUCCAACAGCACUUUGAUGCUGAAGGGGAAACCCCAUCUAUAAGGAAUCUUUAG